AUGCAAUCCAAGAAUGACGGGUAUCUCCCCAAGAAGCCAAACUCCGCUUUUCAGACUCCGAAAAUGCUACAGUAUGCUCCUUAUAUGCAAUGCAACGUAAAACUCUAAUCGUAAGUCCCGUCCGUCACCCCCUCACAGGUUGAACCCACGCUACCGGGUACUCUCUUCCAGAACAAACAUACAAAAAUUACUACCCGCCAAAAGGGGUCCUCCUGGUGCUCUAUACACGAGAGGCCAUGAAGAGAAAUAUUCCAGCCUGGUAGGAACAAUGAUAAAAAACAGUCCCUGCAGAGUAUUGCCUCACUUGCAAGACCACAUACAUCUUGGGCUUGCAAUCAUUCAAGGACAAUCACCUGUCGUUGAGGUUGUACCGGGCGAAAUCGAUAAACGGGGCGUGGUUCCAUACUCCGAUCAUGAACAAGUAUUGGAACUUGAUGAUUAG